CGAGGUGUCGGUGGAGAGACCGGAGAGGACGGAGGCUGCCGGGUCACCGUUGCUGCUCCCGCUGCGGGAAAUUUAGCUCUCCAGAAAUACCGAAAGGCGUCCAAGUUUAGUUCAGGAUGCGUCCGUAAACCCACCGACUGUCCUCAAAGGAGUAAAAAAAAUCACACCUUUAGGUACAAGCUGCGCUAUUUUUCUAUUCCUGGAGAGCUUAAUGCGCCUCGUUUCCAAACAUGAUCGGGAGAGGACUGUUCGUUUUGACAUUUCUGUCCAGCUGCGUUCUGUCAUUGCCAGUGACUUCAAGUCAGCUGGAGAAUGAGGACGUAAAGGUGAUGAAAUGCAUUGUGGAGACGUUGGCAGAUGUGCUCUCGUGGCCCCACCCCAUGCCUGUCAGUCAGGAGUGUUUGGUCACACUGAAGACAGAUGACAGGCUUGUUUCUAUCCUUCGCCAUCACAACUUUCUGAAGGAGCUGCAGGAGAUUGCUGUUCAAGGUGGUCAGGAGCGAGUUCAGCUGCAGAGAGAUGCUGGUGCACCUGAAUCAACGACACAAACUCCUCGACUGACCUCGGAUGAUAUUGCUGAUCGAUCCAUGUUGGAGGCUUUAGGAGGCCCUGGUGAACGAUCCAUCCUGUCCCCAAAGAGAAGGACAGGAAACAGAGACGGAGAGGGGGAAAAAGAUGAGAGCCUGGGAGACGGAGAGUCACAGGAGGACAGUGACAUUGUUGACGAGGUGCAAGUGAAGAGGGAAAAUGAUGAGAUCCCAGGAAGUCAUGCCUCUGAGUCUGUGGAUGAGUGGAGGAAGGGCGAGGCUGAAAAGAGAGAGGAAGAGGACGAAGGGUAUGGACAGAAGAGAGCAAAAUCAGAAGAGGAACAUAUGAUCAAGGAUAAGAAGGGUGCUGAACCCAGACACAAAUCAAAAGAGAAGAAGUUUGACAGAGAAGAUGAUGGGGACAAAGACAAGAGAAGUCCAUUUUUCUCACACAGGCCUAAGCCAAAAGACGCACAGGAGGAAGAGGAGGAAGAGGAGGAUGAAGGGGAGAUAAAGAGAGAGAGUAGGGAGAGCCCAAAGCAUUGGACCAAGAGGGGAAAGGUGCUGCCAAUAAAGAAGAAAGCGACGCAGCAACUCAGCAGUCAGCAUGAAGUGCCACAUCAUUCAAAAGAGGACACUGAGGAAGAAGAGAAGAAGAAGAGAAAUACGCAGAGGAGUCCGGAGGAGAAGGAGCUGCAGAUGAUCGCUAGAAGGGGGCCCGAGGAGAGGAGGGGAUUGGAGGAAGAGGGGAGCGGCAGCCGGAAGUCAGAGGAGCCAGAGAUUGAAAGCCUGGCAGCCAUCGAGUCAGAGCUUGAAAACGUUGCCCAGAAACUCCACGAGAUGCGGCGAGGCUGAGAGAGAGAGGGAGAGAGAGAGAUUGGUUAAAAAAGAAAAAAAAAAAAUUGACACCGCAACCUCCUCUGCCUCCUCGUCCUCCUCCGCUUUACCAGCUGCCUGGUUUCCACAGUUAGAGCAUUUGAAUAUGUGACAAGAUUUUAUCUUUUGCUAUUUUUUCCGGAGGACUUGCGCCACACUGCUGCAGCCUCCCUUGUGACAUCUUGUCCCUCACGUAGAUUAGCAUACAGUAGAUGCACACUGCAGCUAGACAUGCAUACUAAAAACAUAUAAUAUUCAGAACAGACAGCAAGGCUCCUAAAGGAAAACUCUCUGUCAGUGAAGGGUGACAGCUUGUUUUCCUUCAUUCUCUCUGACAAUCAUCUCUCUCUCUUUUUCUGCAAAACGCCUGCUUUUCAAAUUAUUUUACUGCAGAUUAAUUCAUGUGAAGGGCAGAUGCAGUUACAGCGAAGCGAGGUUGUACAGUAACGGCAUGUAAACAUGUACAAAGCUCUUUCUGGGAUGCUUACUUACUUAUGGAGAGGAAGACGUAGAUGCUUACUUAUUAUAGAUAGUUGACUCGAAUCAAGCCAAGGCAAUAAGUGAACAUUUUUAGCAGAUUAAUGAACUAUAAUUAAUUUAUGUAAGAAAACCAAUAAAUUAAAAAGUUUAACUGGAGAUCUCUGUUUUGGUAAAUCCUUUUAAUUCAUCCAAAAUUAAAUGAAUAUUUGCAUAAGAGAAUUAAUGCAAUAAACUCAGCAUACUAACAAAUUUACA